AUGAUCCCCCAUUCUUCUGCCGGCGGCCAACAGUGGGGCCACCCCAUGCGCGCACUCCAUGGGGGCCCCGGACGGGUUGACCUGGCCCAGAUGGCUGGCCAGUAUGAUCCGCCGUCGGCCUCCUCGCAGCAGUCGGUAUCGCAGUCGCAAUCGCAGUCGCAGCCGCAACCGCAGCCGGCGGUCCGCCAAACCCCCGUCGUCGACUUGACGGCGGGCGGAUUCGAGUCGCAUGAUCGGGAACCACCACCAAAACGACCGAAGCUGGAUGUUUCCAGUGGAUCGAAUCUCGGAGAUGCGGGCUCGACCAUGAACAGUGUCGAAACUCGGAGUACUCCCGGAAGUGCAGGGUCACGGCCGCCGCUCUCAUGGCGUGGGAGGCCGAUAUGGUCGUUUCAGGCAGUCAUGUCGGAGAUCUCCAGCAGUGAAUCGCGAGGUGAUGGCGCGACAGGACCGAAGCCCUCCUCGCCGCCUCCGUUUCCAGCUCAGCCGUGGAUCAGUGCGCCGGCUGAACACCAGCAUGGGGUAGACUCGAUUUCCCGCGACACCUCUCCAGUCAAGAAGGUUUCCACAACGCCAUAUCGUAUUGAGACACCCUCGGUGGCUCCGAUUCUCAAGGGAGACAAAGUCGCUUGUUUCGCCCCGUGGACAGGGAAUCAUCCAGAAGACGUCUUGAACGAGCAGACCGCGAAACAAGGUUACUUUGAUCGUACUCAGGUUUCGCAAAACGAGUCGAACACGGCGCGCCCGGCCCUGUAUGCGCAACUCAAGCACCGUGCCGGGCUCCAGAUGCUUUCGUCCGUCUUCACUGCGGCCCUAGAGAAACGCCAGAACCACAACAUUGUUCACGCUCCGUCGACCUUCAAACCACCACCACGAGUCACACUAACCGAUAACAAGCGAGAGGCGUGGCUUCGCGAUCUUGCUAAUUCGGCUGUCCCGCUGCGCCGACUGAGCCGGACCAUUCCUCAUGGUAUCCGAGGCAAGGUCCUCCUGGAUCAAUGCCUCGGUAAAUGGAUCCCAGUGGCUCGAGCGGUUUGGCUUGCCAAAUGUGUCGGGGCCAAUGAAAUCCGUGCUUUUAAGCGUAAAGGCACGAGUGGUGCUUUGGCCGUGGGGUUAGAGGCGAAGUGGGUGCGAGACUGGACCACCAACGUCCAACAGUUCGUCGAAGGAGUGUUUAGUUCGCCCAAGUCCAACGACUGGAAAGCCAAAAUGACCUACGCGGUGGGAUUGACAGCUCGUCUCUUCUUCGAAAAUCUCCUUGACCAUGAUCACUUCCUUGAAUGGUUCUUGUCGUCCUUUGAAGCAGCAUCUAUAGCCACUGUUCCGGUCUGGCUCCUGAUGCUCGGUAUCUACUGGAACAGUAUCAUGCGGUAUCGCCGACGAGGACGACGACUGGCGGAGCUGCUGCUCGAGAAACUCCGACAAGCCACCGUCGCCAAGCUCGACCCCCUUCAGCCUCUUGUUGAUCGUCUAUCUCAUUUUGUCAACAAGCUGGUUCAUGAACAUACUUCGUCAAUGAUUCUUCCGAACUCGUGGGACACGUACAAACACCAGGUGUCAUCGUGCCUCAACUUGUCAAAUAAGGUCGACCGGGCUCUGUUCCAAAGUAUUGCGGAACGUAACGCCCGAGUACAGCGGCCUCGACAUCCCAAACAAGCUGCACAGCGCUCUCCUCAUCAACGCAUUAUUCAUCUCCUCGAUUCUAUCCGCUCCGCCCACGAUAUCACCGCAACCUCCGCUUCCUGUCUGGAUGCCGUUGAUGACCGAGCCGUUCUUGUUUCCAGACUGCUAGAAUGGCUUGCCACACCAUUCCGCCAUGGCAUGUGCCGGGUUUACGUCGGCGUUCGCCUGUUGCGGAAGUGGAAGUCAUUUGGUGUGGAUGUCGACGAGCAUAUCCUUGCCUUCCUAACCCAUAUCGGGAAGGACAAGAAACUCAACAUGGAUCAUGUGUACCAUGCCAUCUCCGAGCUUGUCAGGUCGCAGACUUUCUCAGUUGGCCGGUACUUCCAAUGGUUGAUGGCAAAGGGUGUUACAAGCCAUGGCCUUGGCGAAAAUCAACUAGAAACCGACUGCCCUAGCGACAUCAGACUAAUCGCACAUGUUCCUGUCGGCCGCCUUCCUGACCACGUUGGCAAUCUACGCCGCACUUUGAUGGCCCGCAGUGGGUUCUCCGUCUCGGACGAGGGCAAUAUGGUUACCAAUCUAAAGGUCUUUAUCAGCCACCGGAUCCCGAAAAUCUUCAGGCCGACAAUGCUGUUGAAGACAUCACUCAGCUCACUGCCGCUGGAUCUGAGCUGGGCCGUCAAGGCUGAAAUCGGCCAGUGGCUUCGGCGUGGUGUUGCUGAGCAUACUCGUGCAAGCAAUACUCCAACACUAGGAGCCAUGCUCCCAGGUGAUUUUUCCCACUCAGUGUCUGCCCUCACAUCGGAAGAGUUCUACAAUGUCCGUGACGUUCUUGAGACGUUUGGUGAUAUCUCCAUGUUGGCAGAUGUGCUGAAUUAUGCCUCGAGCUCUGACGAUAGCACUGUUCUCGCCUCAGUUGCUGACACUACCAACUGCCAUUUCGACUCGCUGUCUGUGAUCGGUGCCACCACGGACCUGUUCCGCAAACUGGCCGAUGCCUAUGCGGGCAUCAAACGAUUCGGCAUGCCAAGCCUAGAUAUUAUGUUCUCCUUGAUUGAACUUGGUCUGCGUAUUCCCAAUGAGCUUAAUACAGUCGCCAUCCUUCGUCAAGAUCUGUCUCGCAUGGAAAACAAGUCCGUUGUCGCUGCGUCGUCGCCAGUAUCUGACCACAUUCCUGACAGCUUUGGCGAGGCGGACCCCCUGUUCCGCGAGAAGUUGGAUCAGCUCUUGCUUUCAGGGAACGUCAUGGACGAACCCACUCUGGAUACGCUCUUCAAGACGCUGAUCAAGCAUCUAGAAUCGGGCGAAGGCAAGACAAACUUCUCAGCUAAUGAUACUUGUCGGUACCUGGCGCAGCUGCGUUCCUUCCAGCCCAAGCAUUUCGAUGGGAUACUAGCCCGUUGGGUCUGUGCUCAUCUUCGGUCUUCUGAUCGCGCAGUACUGCUUCGUGCUCUCCCGCCGCUCAUUGGUGUCGGAUGUGUGACUAUCCGGUCGUUCUUGUCCCUUGCCAAGAGACUAUCCUAUUCCCCACACUCCAUCCCGAACGCUGCAGAGUUACCCGCGGACUUGGUCGGGCUUCUUGUGUCCAGCACCGAGGAGGGUAGAUACCUUGAUCUGGUUUCCUACCGCUUCCAACUGGCCCAGCAAGAGUUCAUCUCCAAGAAUCCUGAGGAGGCCCUCGGGAUUGUAUGCGAUGCCGCGGCCAUCCUCAAGCCUGGAGACCACAAGCCUCCGCUGAGGCACAUCAACCUGGAGACUGCUAUGGUCACAUUGUUGCGGGAACUGCUUGUGCGGAAUCCCGAAUGCACAAGUCAGAACUUCAUGCAGAAGAUUGUCAACAAAUCUUCGGCCGCCAUGGGCGUUUUCCAGCAGGCGCUCGACCUUUUGCUCGGCGUCGACGUACAGAAAGAAAGCGGCUCGGUUUUCUCCGAAGUUGAGAAGCUUGCCAGCACGGCAGACGACUUUUCGCUCCCAUUCUGCCAGCUGAAGCUCCAGGUGGUUUUCCACGCCGAUUCUGCACACAGGGAUCGAACCAGCAUCGUGGAUGCGAUGUUCAGAACUGUUGUGGCUGAUUCACGCGCGAAUAAGCUCCACUGGGUUGAACUCAUUGCUCUCAUGAGUCCCGACGCGGUGCGUCAGAUCCGUGAGCGGGCCGAGAAAGAGUUUUUUGCUAUUCCACUGUUCGAAGAACCGGUGAACAUGCAGAGCAAGGACUCAUUGGAGGCCGCCAAACUGUAUCUCAGCAUCAUCGAAGAGCUUGGCAGCAGCAUACCGGAUUCCGGGAUGCCGUCAAUUGCGCCGGUCCUCGUGGAGAAGAUGGAUACUCUCCUACAUAGGAUCAUCACCCUGCAAUCCAGCCUCAACAAUUCCGGUGAUAAUCGAAAUGCACUUCCGCCUGGGCAAGAACGGUGCACCUUCGAGCGAUCCCUUGCCUUCUGGUUCUCGGCUCUCCUACGAAUGGUCAUUAUCCACCGUGCCUCAUUCAUGCAGCCCUCCCCCACUCUGAAGAUCGGUUCCUCGCACGAACAGUCCCGCCUCUUGAUCUCCAUCUUCUGCAUCGCCCUAUCUCGCCUCCCAGGCGAUGUUCUCCGCUCCUUCCCCGGCGCCGAUUACUUCCCCCGCCAAGGCCCCUCAGAAGACUACCGCCCCUGUCCAGGCAUCCUGCUGCAAACGCACGCCCUAGACGUCGCUGCCUCCCUCAUCGACAUCUUCCCCGACGAGAUCCGCCACCAGUGCGCCCGCUUCCUGAAAGAGAAGUGCCCGCCCUUCGUGCCCCUCCAGAACGACUCGCGCUUCCUCUACCUGCUCGGCCCCAUGUCCGACGCCCACCCGUCAGCAAUCCUUCAGUCUGCAUCUGCCCCAUCCCCGGCUGCCUCGGCGUCCACGCCAACCCCGACUUCGGCCAAUUUCCCCGCCGCGGGCGUCGCUCCGCAGCCCCCGGCUUCUGGAUUGUACGCCGGGCUUCCGGAAAACUCGAAUUGCAUGGCGAAUCGGCUGCGCCUUCAGAAUCGGGGCCGCAUUGUGGGGCCUUAUCCCAUUCGGCCGUGGGAGCUUCUAGAGGAUGCGGCACCUUUCGUGGGGGUUAAUGACACUGCUGUGAACCUGGGCUAUUUUGAUGCGCGGCGUGUGCGUGUUUAA